AACAAGUUUUUACACUCAUUUUUUUUUAUCAACAACAAUACAGGUGUCCGUGUGUCUAAACUUCGAAGAUCCAACGCACUCCCAUUUGGAUAUUGCUGCAAUGGAAGGCUAAUCCUCGAGUCCUUGAAAUUAGCGAAGUGAAGAAGAUAGCGAGAGAUGGCUACUAAUCGAAAUUCAAAUCCCAGGGCUCUGCAAGUUUUCUGCAUCGGAACGGCUGAUACGAAGCUCGAGGAGCUCAGAUUUCUCUCCGAUGCCGUCCGAUCCAGUCUCGGCAGUUUCUCCAUUAACUCUUCCUCCAAGGUGGAUGUCACAGUGGUGGACGUCUCUACUGGCAGCCAUGAAAUUAGUGGGUGUGGGGAUUUCGAGUUUGUUUCUAGAAAACAUGUACUUUCAUUCUAUUCUGGAACGGAGCAAUCUGCAGAGCUUCCGGAGGACAGAGGCAAAGCUAUUGCAAUCAUGACUAAAGGGCUUGAGAAUUUCCUCAUUGGAGCUCAGAAUGACAAAGUUUUUGCUGGAGUUGUUGGUCUAGGGGGCAGUGGAGGGACGUCUAUGUUGUCUUCUGCCUUCCGCUCUCUUCCAAUUGGGAUCCCUAAAGUGAUUGUGUCAACCGUGGCCAGCGGUCAAACUGAACACUAUAUUGGAACAUCCGACUUGGUAUUAUUUCCGUCUGUAGUGGAUAUUUGUGGGAUCAACAGUGUUAGCAGGGUUGUUCUAUCCAAUGCUGGUGCCGCAUUUGCUGGUAUGGUGGUUGCAAGAAUUCACAGCCUUAAAGAAUCCCGCGCUGUUGAUGAGAAGUUUACUGUUGGAAUUACAAUGUUUGGUGUUACUACUCCGUGUGUUAAUGCUGUUAAAGAAAGGUUGACUAAAGAAGGAUAUGAUACCUUGGUUUUUCAUGCCACUGGGGUCGGGGGAAGGGCCAUGGAGGAUCUGGUCAAAGGAGGAUUCAUACAAGGUGUAUUAGACAUCACUACAACUGAGGUUGCAGAUUACCUUGUUGGAGGUGUUAUGGCUUGUGAUGGUUCUCGCUUUGAUGCAAUAUUAGAGAAUAAGAUUCCUUUAGUUCUAAGUGUGGGAGCCUUGGAUAUGGUAAAUUUUGGUCCAAAAAGUUCCAUACCUUCUGGUUUUCAGCUAAGGAAGAUUCACGAGCACACCGAACAGGUUUCUCUUAUGCGUACUACUAUGGAUGAAAAUAAGAAAGUUGCCGCCUUUAUAGCAGACAAAUUGAAUAAAUCGUCAUCAAAGGUGUGCGUUUGCUUGCCAGAGAAAGGUAUUUCUGCAUUGGAUGCCCCAGGGAAACCGUUUUAUGAUCCUCAAGCAACUGGAUGCCUUUUUAAUGAGCUACAAAGACUUGUUCAGAUAAAUGAAGAUCGUCAGGUUAAAACGUUUCCUUAUCAUAUUAAUGACAUGGAGUUUGCAAAUGCAUUGGUUGAUUCAUUCUUAGACAUCUCUGUGAAACCAAAAGUUGUAGAUACUUCCCAAGCAACCUUUGAGUCCAGCAAAGAAGCUAAUCUUGUUGGUCAUACAAAGUUCUCAAGCAAAGAAAGUCUUUACUCAUGUCCAAGUGACUUCCCCAAUGCAAAACAAGUGGAUCCAAUGCUAGAGGAGUUUGGGAGAAGUAUCAAUGGGACACUACAGGUUCCCAUUUGGCCAGGCCGUGGAAAAAAUAUCCCCUUCAAGAAAGAGAAAUUAUCUGCAAGGACUGGUCACAAGCACGCAGCUCGCUCAAAAUCUACAGCCAAGAGACUGGCAAGUGAGAUGAUCAUCGGGCCCGAGCCGAAUAAAAAGCUAUGCAGGGAAGAGACUUCUGUUGUUGCUUCCCCAACCGGUGAAAUGGCUGCUUUUUCGACUGAUCAAGUGGCGGAGGCACUCAAGAUUCAUCUCUGCAAGGCUUCCAUUUUUGGGGCCGAGCUCCACAUCCGGUCCACCAUGAUUCCCCAUGAGAAAAAGGCCGCUCUAGACAUUGGGAAGACACCUACUCAGCUUGCUGAGGAGGCUGAACAGAAACUCAAAGCCGAGCAGUCAGCACGGUUGGCUGCCGAAGAGCAACUAAAAGUCGAAAGGGAGGCUCGGCUUGCAAUUGAGGCCAGACUGGCAACCGAACGGGAAACUGCCGUUGCAGAGUACAAGGCUGGGGGUUUCCAAGAUGACGCACUGGAGUUCGCUCGGACCAACCAUGAUCGGGUUAUUGAAGCUGUGCUAACGAGUCCAAAAGAAGCGAUCCACUUCUUCAAUAGGCUUCAAGAGAAUGAGAUUGGACGGUUGAUGUUAUUGAAGAUGGGGGCUUAUGGGUUCUUGAAGGGGCGGAAAUCAGAGAGGUCUGAGCUAUAUGAAGUUCUGAAAGAAUCUGUCAAAAAUUUCAACCCGACUAACUACGACCUGCCCGAGGCCUUCACAGUUGAGCCAGUCUAUCCAUUCCUCAACCUGCCCAAUUAGCAAUAGAGUAUAAUAGUAGCUUGUGCUAGGGAAAAAUGUUUCCCCUGUUUUGUGCUUUCACUUUUUGCUAUGGACGUGGCCAACAUGUUUUUCCUUCUUUUAUUGAGAUAUGUAUUUUUUGUUUGAUUGCAAUAUGGAUUUAGCAACAUGGG